UGUCUGUCUUUUUCUUUCUUCACUUUGAGAAGCCGUGAAUAGAGAGCGAGUCCGGAUACUUGGUUUGACUGGAUUACUGACUGUAAUAUUUCUCCCACGUCAUGUUCAGUUUACAUUCUUUCUCCUAGUUCGUAUAUAAAUGCUCCGUGACGUUGUGCAAAGUGAAGGGAUCGUUUCAUUUACUACUCAAGCUAGGUACUAUUUGCUGCCGGACUCCGGACAUCAUCUGUAGUUGAUCUAUCAAUCGCGUUCGAAGACGAUGGGGAGUUACUCGGUUACGGCCACCAUAUACCUAGCCCUAGUUUUAGGUUCUUUAGUAUGUAGCGCCCACAAUACGUUCACCAUGGGUGGACAGAACAGGUGGAAAGCAGGGGGAAAGAGAUCGGCUCCCGCAGGGCGCCCUCAACAAACUUUCUUGGACCCAUCAAGCUUCAGUGAAGAUCAGCAAGGAGAAACGACAAUUACGCUACGGGAGAUGCUGGUCGACAUGAGAGACUACUGCAGUUUCCUCUUGAAGCUACUUGACAACGUUCGGCUGCCUCAAACCGAAAGAAAAUGACACUUCUAAGAUGAAAUCAGACGCCAGACUACUAUACCACGUCUAUCUUUGUCUAUCUUGCGAAAUGGAGGAGGCUGUGCCCAGACAUGAAUUGCAGGACCUUAUUACCAGGGAGACCGUGAUGGGCAGUUCCGAUUCUCUACUUUAGAGUAGUAACGUCAUUCCGCAGGAUAAAAAAUGAUGGAUGAAAAUCGACUGAGAGGGACCACCCUUGUGCUUGGGGGGUUUACUCUCCCUCAACACAGCGACUAUGAAAUUAAACGAGACAACUGAAAAGUGAAAACGACAAACUUGUAUAUUUUCAGAAUAGUACAUCAGCCCCUUUUCGAUUGUGUUUUGGGGUGUGUACGCGGGCGCCUUUAUUCUCCAACGUAUAAAAACCUCCUUUGACCACACAGCUACUAACAAUUGACAUUGCUAUCAUUCAAUUAUUCCCGCCGAUAUUUUCGACGGUCCUUUUUUCUUUCUUCAAAACACCCGUAAUUUUUUUUUGAACACGUGGGGAUUGAAGCGUUUUUGAGAAAACAGUUUUCUAAAAAUAAACCGAUACGAUUAAUUUCCCAGCCAUUUGACGUUUAAAAACAAGAAGGCCCUACCAUACUGCGUACAUUUUUGAUGUUCCCUGUUCAGUUCAUCCUUUUAAAAUUUUACAAAUUACUCUAUGAAAACCUACAAACCACUAGUUAGAUUCUAAAAGCUUAUUGCUUUUGGAAUUCUAGUCCCAUAAGAAAGCAAAAUAUUCGUGUUAAGCAUACAAAUGUGCUUAGGCGUAAGCGUAUUUUUACAGGUUAACAAGACAAUUGAGCGGCCAGCUAUUGCAGCACCAAGGUUUACCAUCAAUAAGCACCGGAAGGUUAGCAUGCUUUAAGAGAUGAAAUUCCCCUUAAUAAUAAUAAUUAUUACGAGUCCAAUAUAAGGUGUAAACCACGUUCAGCAAAGGUCAAUGUUUUAGUCCACGGGUGUAAUCAAUUGAAUUAUUAUAUCAGUAAAUUAAGAAGCUAAAUGAAGAAAAACAAAAGUUUUUGACAGAAUUGUGCACCUGGCAACCUCUUAUGACUGACCGUUGUAAAGUAUGUUAAAUUUAUGUUCACAUAUUAAUUACUAUUAUUAUUUUGAUUUUUAGAUUAAGAACAUCACUAUUAGAGAUAUUCUUGUAGGGUAAUUUAAAUUAUCUCAGUUCAUAUUGACUGGUUGAGAUUGAAUGUAGUUGGGCUAUUCUUUAAGUAAAUGCUUUAACUAUAAUGCACCUACGGAUCACUUGAGACCAAUUUUAUUUUUCACAAAUUGUUUCUAUGCUAGUUAGCCUUGGGAAGAGCAAAACUCAGUCCUAACGCGAACUGCUUUUAUUAUUUGGGUCAAACUUGUUAACAACUCCAGCAAUCCAAACGCUAUAAAUAAUUGGUUCGCCACUUGGUGAUUACAGUACUUGCUAAAUGCAAUCAAAUAAAAAGAAAUUUGAUAUUUACAAAUUAAAAAAAUGACAGUCAAAACAAACAUCGUGCCGCCAUUUUGACUACUGCGUUAUUUGGAUACAAGGAACUGAUAUUCAAAAUGCAAACUAGGCUAACGCUUGUAUCUUGUUUGUUUCCUAAGAGGGAACUGCAAGGGUGUGGGAUGUUUCUCACCACAAACCUAUAUUUGCAACGAGCUUAUACUCAAGGGUAUCUAAGGGGAAAUGAGACGUCUUAAUUAAAAUUGCCUUUUUGUUGUUGGACGUUUCUUUCAGAAAAUGUUUUGACGACUGAAAUAACUCAGGAGCAACCAAUGGCGAUUGCUUCAUCACUGUCAUCAUGUUUUCAUUACGUUAUUGUGAAGGCUCUAAUUCUAUGGUUGGCCAUCGGCAUAUUUAUCAUAAAUUGUUGUUUCAACGAUUUUUUUUUGAAGAAGCGUACUACACAGGUUGGGCAAAAUGCAGUUCUCAAAAAACACUUGCCAAAGCACAGUACUGAUGAGAUAUACAUCUUUCAGCAGAUUCCUUAGAUUUUACUCUCAAAACAUGUUAUUUCAUACAAUGUAUUUCUUAUACAAAGCAGAGGUGGGUCUGGAAUCCAUUUCUACCAAUAGGAACCCAAUUUACAUACAGCUACUAAAAUCAACCGCUGAUUAAACUUUAUACCAACAGAUGGGCCCAAGUCACUUUUCAUAUUUUAACCAAUUCAGCAUAAAAACCAUUACUAUUUCCAUUGUGUGUUACAUGCAUGCGAAAUUUAAAUGGUCCUUGGUUAAUUCAAAAAGGGUUCACAAAGUAAAUUGGGUCGAGCUUGACAUUGCUUUCCGGAUUCUUUGCAGUUACUUCCGGAUUCUUUGCAUUUGCUUCCGGGACCUGCAUUAGCUUUUGAGGUUUGUUUCCUGGUCAUUCUUUCUUAAUCUGGGUAAUUCUGGCCUAGACCUUGGGGAACAAUUAUUUGUUCUUUAGUACUGUAUUUAAUACAUCAAGCUCUGAUUGUAGGCACGUAGCUAUUCUUAAAAAGCAUAAAAAUAACCAAGUCAAAUUCAUAUAUAUCUAUCUUAAGUAAGAAUGUGGAGUAUACUGUAUAUAAAAGGCGUACAAUCUUUUAUUUUGGCUUCAUUUUACCAUCUUGAAUAAACUAUUUGAAAAACUA